AUGGUUUCAGAUCAUCUGCCACCAAAAAUGGUAAGCACUUUUAAAAGUGAAUAUUACUUCCCUAUGCUGUACAUACUAACUGAUGCUUGGAUUGAUUGCAAUGCCAAAAAUGGAAAAAUUGAAUAUGAAUGGAAGAAAGAUGGAGCAGUUGUUCAAAACAGCAAAUAUGUGUCAGUGGACAAAGACACAGGAACUUUGAGAUUUAACCAGAUGCGGGCAAUUGUUUAUGGAACCUAUCAAUGUUUUGCGAAGAAUGAUUUUGGGACCUCACUUUCCAAGCCGUUUAAAGUGAAAGAAUCUUCAAUAGGAGCUUUUCCCUCCAAAGAACCCCAGGAAAUACAAUGUAAGGAGUUUGAACAUUGUAAAAUUCCUUGUCGAGACAAACCAGAAUGUUCACCGGAUUCUGAAUGCAAAGUGCAGUGGUUUAUUGGAGAAGGCACCAAGGGAAAGGUGGAUUUAUCAAAGAGAGUCGGGGUGGAUGGAAAUGGCGACCUCCAUUUUCUAAGGACAAAAGCCAAUGAUUGGCCAUGGGUAGGCUUAAACUACAAGUGUGGAGUAUGGCAUGAACAACUCAAGAUGCUGCUUGUUGGCAGUCAAACAACUCUUAAAAUUAUCACGGCUAGUCGUGUCCCGACACUGAGUCCAAAUUUGAUCUAUAAAUCUGGUGGUAAUGCCCAUUACAGAGGAGAGGGUGUUCUCAAAUGCAUGUUUUCAGGAUAUGCAGCACCAGAUAUUGAGUGGGUUUCUCCAGACAAUGUAGUCAUCAAGAAUUCUGACAAAUAUGUCAUCACCGAUUAUGAAAGGACACUGAUUAUUAAGGAUGCAAUGCAAAAUGAUGAGGGUCUCUACACGUGUACAGGAAACAACACACACAAGAUAAACCCCCAAGGAGUUUUUCUUAAUGUUACUUCUGCACCGAUGCUUGAUUCAGAAUCAAAAAAUCCCCAGAUGAAUGACUUGUAUGUGUCAGUUGGAAAAAAUGCCACAUUUUACUGUGAGGCCAUAUCUUUACCUGGGGAAAGUGCUCCAACUGCUCCACGGUGGAUGAAAAACGGAGUGGCUCUUCAAAUUGACGGAGGCAAGUAUAUUGUGAGCUCGAACCAACAGAUGCUGAUUGUGACCAAUGUACAGAAAGCUUUAGACUCCGGAGCUUUUCAAUGUAUGUCUGAAAACAGUGAAGGGGUUCUGCUCAAGGAUGCUUUACUCAAAGUCAUAGAUCCAAUAACCAUAAUACAGAGACCACAGGGAAGCUACAAGAUAAUGCCAGGAGAUAAAAUAAGUCUGGGAGUUUUGUCCACGAGUGAGCCAUCUUUGUCCCUGCGCUACAACUGGACAUUUAUCAGUCUGCAAGGUGAAGAGCAGGUGGUCAAAGACAAUGACAUAUGGAAGAUAUCCAGGCCGACACUUAACAAUCUGACCAUUGACGUCAGUCAGGUCUCAGAUCCUAGUGUUGUUCUCGGGGUAUCAGGGGAAUAUGUCGUAGACGUCUUCCAUAACUACGACUCCGAGAGAAUCAAGGUCACUGUGGAAACGGAGAUAAUCACUACCGGUAAGCUUGUUGUCACUCAGAGUUUCAUAAUUUCUAUCAUAAUUGUAAGAAUUGGAAGAUCAAGUUAAUAUUUACAUUUGGAAAUGUACAUCUUA